CUCCUCUCAUUUCGAGGUCCCUCCUCAUCUGUCUUCUUCUUCUUCUUCUUCCUCCUCUCUCCGCGCUUGAGGUUAGGCGUCGGAGAUUACCAAAAAGCUCUCGAAUCCUCUCCCCUAUGGCUACAUCAGGUGGAAGUCCUCCUAAGCCUUGGGAACAAGAAGGGAACAACAACAACACAUCUGGGCCUAAGCCCUUCAGGCCUCCUUCGAACACCAGCACUGCUGAUUCCGUCGAGGCCUCUGGCACAGCGAAUCCAGGCGAGCUGGUUUCGUCUGUUAACAGGACUAACACCGCCGCUACAAUGAAUGGAUUGACUAGGCCUGUGCCGAGUAGGCCUUGGGAGCAGCAGCAAACUUAUGGAAGCACUUACGGUGGUGGUUAUGGUUCAAACCUAGGUAUGAACUCCGGGUAUGGAUCGGGUACAUAUGGUUCGGGUCUAGGUGGGUAUGGUUCGUCGUAUGGGGGUGGAAUGUAUGGUGGUAGUAGCAUGUAUAAUAGAGGAGGGUAUGGUGGUGGUGGUGGGAUGUAUGGGAGUUCAGGGAUGUAUGGUGGUGGUGGGAUGUAUAACAGCAGUUUUGGUGGCGGUUAUGGUAUGGGCAUGGGGACUGGUAUGGGUAUGGGGAUGGGUAUGGGAAUGAGUCCUUACGGUGGUCAAGAUCCUAAUGAUCCUUUUAAUCAGCCUCCAUCUCCUCCAGGCUUCUGGAUAUCAUUUCUCCGUGUGAUGCAAGGUGCUGUGAAUUUCUUUGGCCGUGUAGCGAUGCUGAUAGACCAAAACACACAGGCUUUUCAUAUGUUCAUGUCUGCCCUUCUCCAGCUAUUUGAUCGUGGUGGUAUGUUAUAUGGAGAGUUAGCAAGGUUUGUAUUGCGUAUGCUUGGGGUGAGAACAAAGCCUAGAAAGAUGCAGCAGCCACCACAAGGGCCUAAUGGACUCCCUUUACCACACCAGCCACAUGGUAACCAGAACUACAUUGAGGGUCCUAAAGGUGGGGCUGCACCAGGUGGUGGCGGUGGUGGUUGGGAUAAUGUAUGGGGUAACUAAGUUGCUUCUUCCAUUAAGCCAAAUCCUUCAACGUUGCUAUGAAUACACAAAUGGUAAUCAGUUGGUUAUGAGUAGAUUGUGCAGUACGAAAGCCUAAUGUUUGUUUGCAAAUUGAGUCUCUCUCUCAUCUCAGCUUUGUGGUUAUGUGAUAAACAAGUUGCAGAUAUUUAUGUCGAACUCAAUAAAAUGGAAAGUGAAGUUGUAAGAGUUUCAAAGACAUAUCUGUUUGUAAUUCAUAUAAUAUUAUUGGAUUCUCUUC